CAGAUUCCUCCAAAUUCACCAAAACCCUAACCCUUUUCCCCAAAUUCACAAAAAAUGUGGUUCCUUUGUUCCUCAAUUCAACUGUUUUGAACACUGAAUCAACUUUAUCUGAAUUGCUUUGUUUUUUAUCGCCGGGUCGGGUCAUUUGUGUAUGAAAAUGGCGGAGCCGAUGAGGAGAUACAGUGUUGGAUACGCUUUAGCUCCGAAGAAACAAGCGAGUUUCAUUCAAGUUUCCCUUGUGAACCUUGCUAAGGAACGAGGAAUUGAUCUCAUAAAGAUUGAUACGGACAAGCCGUUGAUUGAUCAAGGACCGUUUGAUUGUGUGCUACAUAAAAUGGACGGUGAUGAUUGGAAGCGUCAGCUGAAAGAGUACGGUUCUGAAUUUCCUCAGGCGCUUAUCAUUGAUUCCCCCGAAGCGAUUGAGCGGUUGCAUAACAGGAUUUCGAUGCUUCAGGCGGUGGGGGAGGUUGAAAUCGACUGUGAAAAUGCUUCGUUUGGGAUUCCUAAGCAAACUGUAAUCUAUGAUGCAAAGAUGGUGUCGGCUAUAAACCUUGAAAGUGAAGGUUUGGAAUUUCCGGUGAUUGCGAAGCCGUUGGUGGCUGAUGGAAGUGCAAAGUCGCACAAAAUGUUGCUUGUUUUUAACAAAGAUGGGUUGAGAAAAUUGAAACCACCUAUUGUGUUACAGGAGUUUGUGAAUCAUGGGGCAGUGAUUUUUAAGGUGUAUGUGGUUGGUGAUUAUGUGAAGUGUGUCAAAAGGAAGUCUUUACCCGAUGUGAAGGAGGAUGGUUUAGGGAGAUUAGAGAGUUACUUGCCAUUUUCUCAGGUUUCGAAUUUGAAUAAUUUUGAAAAGAAUGAUGAUAAAUACUAUAAGUUGAUGAAUUUGGAAAAUGCUGAAUUCCCCCCUUUGAGUUUUCUUACUGAUAUAGCUAGGGGACUUAGGCGGGUGACAAAAUUACAUCUUUUUAAUUUUGAUGUGAUUAGGGAUGAUAGAGUUGGAAAUAGGUAUCUGAUCAUUGACAUUAACUAUUUCCCUGGGUACGCAAAGAUGCCGAAUUAUGAGUGUGUGUUAACAGACUUUUUCUGGGAUGUUUUGAAUCAGAAUGAUAAGAGCUUGGGGAGUUUAAAGAAUGGUCACUGUGAAAAGGAAGAUAGGGUUUUGGUUGGGAAUAGCGGGUGUGGCGAGGAUGAAGGAACAUUGCCUGUUUCACCGCUUAAGAUAGAAGAAAAUGAGAACCCUAUUCAGGUGUGAAAUGUGAAGUGCAGAACUCAAACUGGUAUUUGGUUGUGGGUAGCAACAGGUUGCUCUGCAAAAUUUGCUGAAGUUCAAGCAAGCUGCAGAGACUUAUUUUAGGUAGGGAGUUGGUACAUCAGUUAAUAAGUAGGUUCUUUGCAGUGAUCAUGUAGUCUGGAAACAUUAGAUGAUUAUCUUUGUUCAACUUGUACAUUCUAUCUUUGCAGUGAGAUAGGUACCUUUUCAGAUACUCUUUAUCAUGAAAACCAAGUUUUUCCUUCAAGGCAAUUGUAAUUCCUGGCUGAAAAUAUCUUAAUAUGUGCCUUUGGCAACUUUGAUAAAUGAAUAUUGCUGUUUAUCUCAA